AUGGGGAACAACCAGUCAUCGGGUUCCAAGUCGGCCACGCCGCCGUCGGGCUCGACCUCGUCGCACGAUGCGGCACGACACCACCACCACCACACCACCACCACCGGCACCGGCCCUUCCUCGUCGUCCCGCGCCAGCAAGGACUCGUCGUCGGCAUCGUCGUCGUCGCGCAACAUCCUCCCCGCCCACGCCACUCACCGCUCUGCCGCCGCCCCUCCCGAGCCCUCGCUCGCCCAGGCCCACGGCUCAACCUCCAUCGCCUCGCGGCCCAAGAGCAUCUCGGCCGCCAGCUCGACCCUGCCGCCCACCACCGCCCUCUCCUCCCUCAACGCCUCGCCGCACAGCACCACCUCCUCUGCCGCCAAGGCUGCUGCCGCCCAGCUGCCCGAGGCUGGGCCCGCGGCCCCCAUACCCAUCGCCGAGCCCUCCAAGCCCGUCGACGUUCCCGGCGGCGGCAGCAGCGUCUCCCGCACCCCGGGCAUCAACCGCACCGACUCCGAGAUGGCCGACGCCCAGCUCAUCGCCAGCGGCAGCAUCACCGACAUGUAUAAUUCUCGCCCGCCCCGCCUGCCCCUGCCCAUCGAGGAAGAGGUGCACACGCCUGGUUCCCCGAUCCUGGGCGCGGACGAGUCGGCCCCUGGAGGCGACAUCCCGGGGAUUGAUCAGGAGUCUUCCGAUGGUCUGACGAGAAAGAGCUCCGCCGUCAGCCAGGCCACCUUUGACGACGAAGACAACCAUGAGCUGCGCGUUGACAGAUCCCGCCCCGUCGUGCCCACGCGAAUCGAGUGGAACGUCGGUGGUGAAAAGGUCUAUGUUACAGGUACCAUUUUCCAGUGGAGCAGGAAGCAGCGUCUACACCCAGUCGAGGGAAAGCCAGGAUGCUUUGCCGGCAUCAUCUAUGUUCUCCCCGGCACCCAUCACGUCCGAUUCGUCGUGGACACCAUCAUGAAGACGUCGCCGGAUCUGCCGACCACUGUCGAUUUCGGUAACAACCUGGUCAACUACAUUGAGGUCAGCGCCGAGAUGGCCCUCCAGCAGCAGCCGCUCGAGGUGGUCACGCCCGGCCCCGACGGACAGGUCCGGGCCGUGGCCGCCGGCACCGGCGCCGGCGCAGGCGGCGCCUCCUCCUCGGCCGAGGAGCCGCUCAAGCUCGCCAAGUACAAGACCAUCCCGCCGCGCGACAGCUACCGCAGCCAGAUCCCCCAGUACCUGGUCGACUUUGACCAGGCCGAGGAGUCGCCCGCCUACCAAAACGCCGUCGGUGCCAUGGAGAAGCUGCCUACGCCGCCCAGUCUGCCCGGCUUCCUCAGCAAGCCCAUCCUGAACGCGGCGACGCUGAUGAAGGACGACAACAGUGUGCUCAACAUGCCCAACCAUACAGUGCUGAACCAUCUCGCUACGAGUAGCAUCAAGAAUAACGUUCUUGCUGUGUGCGCGACCACGAGAUAUCGCGGCAAGUAUGUGACGACGAUAGUAUACAAGCCCACCUCUGCGGAUGAGGGCUAG